AUGAAGAUUAGCACUUGGUUACCGACUCUGGUCAGUUCAUGCAUGCAUGGAGUUGCUGCUAUACAGUAUGCAGGUGUCAACCUUAUUGGACUUGCGGCCGACGCUAGUCUGCUCGGCACGGCAUACACGUCAUUUGAGUCGACUUCAUGUGGAGGAAAACAAACAAACUACCCGUACCUUGAUCCUCCAGAGCUCUACUGGGAGUGGCGUGACUUGGGGUUCAACAUGAUCCGGCUGCCUGUUGCGUGGGGACAUAUUCAGGAUGGGCUAAACGGCCCGCUAAAUCAAACGACCCUGUCAGAACUCGACAACCUCGUUAACAUCAUCACAUCGAAUGGCAGCACGGUAAUUCUAGAUAUUCACAACUACGCCCGGUAUUAUUGUGCUGUUAUUGGACAGCCUCUGCUGGACCUGCCUGAUGCUCCCCAAGAGGUGACUGACGACAACUUCACGGAUCUGUGGGGCAAGCUAGCUGCACAUUAUAAGGACAACCCAAACGUGAUUUUCGAAUUGAUGAAUGAGCCGUGGGGUUUGAGCGCUUUCCUAUGGGCCGAUACUAUGAAAAAGGCCAUUCAGGCGAUCUUGAAGGAGGCACCUUCACAUCGAAUUCUCAUCGCAGGGCCGUACGCGGCGACAGUGACGACUUGGGAGCUCCGAUCCGCACUGGCAUUGCUUCCGCUGCUGGACACGGCUCCUCGAGGCCAAAUCAUAUUCGACCUGCAUCAGUACUUUGACAUUCUUAAUGGAGGAUCGGCAGAUUGUUUGGAAUGGUGGCUUUUCUAUCUCCCAUUCGAGGCGGUCACUAGUACAUUACGCAGCCAUAAUGCGAUCGCGAUGCUAACUGAAUUUGGAGGGGGACCUAAUGAUGCGUGUGCAGAAAUCAUCGAAAAAGUGUUGGAAUUCUUCGAGGAUAACUCAGACGUGUGGAAAGGAUGGACUGCUUGGAGUAAUAUGAAGGGAGACCAGGCAAUCAGUCCGAAUGCGAGCAGCCAGUACUAUAAGCUGGCAGGUGUAAUGGAGAAGUUUGCACCGCUGCGUGUAGACCAAUAA